AUGCGUACUUCAUCAAUCGGCCUCUGGGCCUUGACGGCAGGUGUUGCCGCUGCGAAAACCUGCCACGACAUCACAUUGGAGGUUCCUGUCACUGCUCGCAAUGGCGUGUUCAACAACAUCGAAACGCCCGAGACAAACUUUGAUGCUACUUGCUUCGCUCUUUCCUCCACCAAACAAGGUAGAAAUAUAACAGAGAUGGCCUUGUCGGGCUACGCUACCGUCUCCGGAGUCUACAAUAUCUCGGCCCAGUACUGUAUGCCGAUGCCUACUGCAACUGGCGCCCAUACCCUUCAGAUCCUCACACAUGGAAUGGGCUUUGACAAGUCAUACUGGGACCUGUCGUACAACGACUAUAAUUACUCCUACGUGGAUUACGCCUUGUCUCGCGGCUAUCACACACUCUCCUACGACCGAUUGGGAAUAGGCAAAUCUUCACACGGCGACGCAAAGAACGAGAUCCAGGCAUUCCUAGAGAUUGGGGCCCUUGCCCAAUUGACCCGCAUGGUGCGCGAUGGCGCGCUGGCUGAUCUCAAGACCCCCACCAAGAUCAAGAACCCUGCCAAGAUUGUCCAUGUCGGACAUUCAUUCGGCUCUGCCCAGACGGUCGCCCUGUCGGCGAUGUACCCGGAUCUCUCAGAUGGCCUCGUCCUUACUGGCUGGUCGACCAGCGCUGACUAUAUGCCCAUGUUCCUCAGCGGCGCCAACUUCCAGCAAGCUCGUCUUAACGCCAAGAACUCCGACUACACUGGUGGAUACUUCACGAGCGCAGACGUCAGUAGCAACGUGUACCUCUUCUUCUACCCGGGUUACUUCGACGCCGGUCUUCUUGACUAUGCCGAGGCGAACAAGCAGCCCAUGACCAUCGGCGAACUUCUGACCAUCACCGGUCUACCCACACAAAGCAAGUUCACCGGACCGGUCUAUGUUAUCGACGGCGAGAACGACGUGCCAUUCUGUGGCGGUGACUGCUCGUUCACUGGUGGAAAGGGAGAUUCCAUUCCAGCUGGAGCCGACAAGGUCUUCCCCUCCGCCAGUGCCUUUGCUGCCUACGUCCACCCCAACACUGGCCAUGCCAUCAAUGUACACUACAAUGCCACUGGCGCUUACAAGUUGAUCAAUGACUUCUUGGGAGGUCACGGGUUGGCCAGCAAGAACCACCAGCACGAUCACCUCCGGCAUCAUCUGUAA